AUGACUCCAGUAGGUGUGUUGGGGCCCCAGCUUGCAAACAGCACCGUGAGUUCCACGAAGUCCAGGACGUGGCAAGAAUUGCUCUGGGUGCAAGUUUGCGAUUACUGUGAGAAAACUACAUUGCAUGGGUACCGUUAUCUCACGGAACCUGGUCGCCACUGGGUGGAGAGAUUACUGUGGGUAACAGUUCAAUUGCUCGCCGCGUGGGGAGUUGUUUUUAUAAUCAUGGAUGUCUGGGAGGAAUAUCUCAACUCGCCAACAGUGACCACAGUGGACUCCACGAGCUAUCCCAUAUGGAAUGUUCCUUUCCCAGCCAUAGCUGUCUGCAAUAUCAACAAAGUCAGCAGAUCGGCAACUUGGAAACUCGCCCAAAAGCUGAGCAAGUCACGUAACGUGUCUGCUGAAGAACUGUUCCCCAUGCUGCAGUACCUGGGCCGUCUCUACGAUCAUGACCCGGACAACACUAAGGCGAUGCAGAAACUGCACAGCAUAUUGGCAGAACAUAAUCAAGACGUGGACACCAUGAUGAAGGAGGAUUCAGUAUACUUGCUUUGUGAAACACAGAAGUGCUUCCUGCUGUCCUCUAACAUAAAGCUGCAUUCUUUUGUUCAGCUUACUCCUCGGUGUGAAGAUCUGCUGGUCCGUUGCCGCUGGAUGGGCAGAGGCAAGAGCUGCAAGGAGAUGUUCAAAAUGAGAAAGUCAAUGGAAGGUUACUGCUGUGUCUUCAAUUACAUACGACCUACUGACAACUUCGAUGACGAUGAUGAGUCCAGGAACGUCACUGUCGGUGAGCGUUUGAGUGCGCCAGGGUACCACAUGGGGCUGACAGUACUCCUUGAUCCACAGCCUGACGACUAUUACUACCCUCUUCUUUCAUCAUACGGUGCCAAGGUAUUGGUGUUCAACCCGGGAGACUUCCCAGACACACCCAGUGGCGGAUUGAUAGAGAAACUUGUGCCUCCGAAGACAGAAGUGUUCUUCCGGUUAGAAGCGACUUCAGUGUAUGCUGAACCCAUCGUGAAGAGCUUCGACAGAAAGCAAAGGGGCUGUCUCUUUUCCAGCGAGCUUUCCCUGCUCUUCGGUGACUCCUACUCCUACAGCGACUGUCUCAUGAACUGCCGUAUCCGCAGCAUCCACACGCUCUGCGGCUGUCUGCCUUUCUACUUUCCCGUUCGAGGAAGAACAAGAAAAUGUAACCUGCUGGAUGUUCCAUGUUUGCAUAAAUACAGAGAGAAGUGGAGCACUUUGCGACCCACUGAGAACAUUCCAGGUUUAGGCGCAGAGAUGCAAGAGUCCAUAUCGUGUGAGGAAUGUUCUCCCGCGUGCUCCGACACAACGUACCACGUGCAGACCUCCUCAGCUCAUCUGUCGCAAACUCCUUACCUUCGAUCAGGCUUCAUAGAAAACAUUUCCUUAAAGAAUCACAGCGUAUUUCACCUGUACUUUGGCAGUAGGAACACACUUCGUCUCAAACAAGAUGUGCUGUAUUACUGGUAUGACCUACUGAGUAACUUCGGCGGCAUCUGCGGCCUAUUCGUGGGCUUCAGUCUCAUCAGCAUCGUAGAGUUCGUCUACUUCUUCACGCUCCGGCUCUUCUUUGCGGCCAGGGGAGCAGAAGAUAAGAAUUCCGGAAAAAAUAUCGAUUCUGCAAAUAAAAUAAGAGGCCUUGGUGCCAGAAACAGAGAUAUUUACUGGCGCGAGAUUAUACCACGCCAAGAUGUAACUCGUUACUGAGUCAUCAUUUAGUUCAGCCAGCCCGAGUAAUAACUAAAAACUGCAAAUAUCUAUACUUUCCCGUGUAAAGCUGAUAGUCGCUCUGUCAGUCAAGCAAUCUCCCUCUUUAUACCACCCGAAGGAGCAUUGCUAUGUCUAGAAAACCGCCACCGGACACCAUCAGCCACAAUAAAUUCAGUUCACACGUUCUAUUCCUUCAGCACCCAUCUUAAUAUUACCCGUAUGUACUGCAUAUUGUAUGUCAAUGAUUCCAAAGUUGUCUACCCUUUCGGGUAUUUUUAUUUAAGUUCUGUAUACGUUUCUCAUCCCUAAUAUAAAGUUCCAGUGCCCUUUUGGCUGGUCAAGAAUAGUCAUCAUUUUAAAUUCUGGUUCAAACAAUUUAACAUAACAAACAAUGAACUGUCAACAAUGUAAAGUACGCCUUCAUAAAUGCUACC